GAGGCCAAUAGGGAACAAAGGCCGUUGGCUCUUAAAUACGCUGCCACCGCUGGGGGCUGCACUCUGCUGCUGGAGACACGAGAUUCUGCUGCUAAUGACAAGAAACUCUGUUGCCGAGAUCUGCUGUUGGCCGAGACGAGAACGAUGACAGAACGCACGCUGCUGACGGACACAGGACAAGCUGCCGGACACACAGAAGACAGAGUUGAUGUAUAA